ACACAAGCAAAAUCAAGAUAACAGUGGUGUACUAAAUUCGGACCACUAACCAAGAUCUUUCUUCCCCUUUGGGAAAAUGGGGGUUCAAGAAUUCAUUGAAAUCGUCCAUGUUUUGCCACAUGGCCAUGAAUUUCCCACCACUCCCCUAGAAUUUCAGUGCUACAAGCUUCAUAAACCGACCCAUUUCAUCACCCACAAACAUCCACCAUCUCCAUUUCUUCUUAACUGUUCAUCAUCCUCUUCCUUUUUCUCUGCAGGUUCUUCAACAGAAGUGACUUCUGAUACAAAACCAUCAUGGCUUUGACCAGAUUUCACAACCCUUUCAAUCUUUCCUCCUCUAGUUUGUCAAGAACAUGUUUCCCAGUUCCAGCUUUUCGGGAGUACCUAGUUGAGAUUUCGCCUUGUCAAAGGAUUGGGUGUAAUUUUGGAGGGAAAUCAGCUUGUGGGCGGAGGAAGAAAGUCAACCAAGUGAAAGCCGCCGUUGCUGAAGCGCCGCCGGCGGAAGGGGCAGCUGGAGAAAUUAGCCGGAGCUUACCAACGAAGAAUGUUCGGAUACUUGUGGCUGGUGGUGGAAUUGGGGGUUUGGUUUUUGCUUUGGCGGCGAAAAGGAAAGGUUUUGAUGUGGUGGUUUUCGAGAGGGAUAUAAGUGCCAUUAGAGGAGAAGGGCAGUACAGGGGACCUAUUCAGAUACAAAGCAAUGCUUUGGCGGCUUUGGAAGCCAUUGAUUUGGAUGUUGCUGAGGAAGUUAUGAGAGUUGGUUGUAUUACUGGUGAUAGGAUUAAUGGUCUUGUUGAUGGGGUUUCUGGAAAUUGGUACAUCAAGUUUGACACGUUCACUCCUGCAGCAGAACGUGGACUUCCAGUCACUAGGGUAAUCAGUCGAAUGUCAUUGCAACAAAUUCUUGCUCGUGCUGUGGGUGAUGAUGUGAUUAUAAAUGAUAGUAAUGUUGUUGACUUUGAGGAUAAUGGAGAGAAGGUAAAGGUGACUCUUGAAAAUGGACAGCAACAUGAGGGUGAUCUCCUGGUCGGAGCAGAUGGUAUAUGGUCAAAGGUUAGGAAGAACUUGUUUGGACACUCAGAAGCGGUAUAUUCUGGCUACACUUGCUAUACAGGUAUCGCGGACUUCAUUCCAGCCGACAUUGAAACUGUUGGGUACCGUGUGUUUUUGGGACACAAACAAUACUUUGUUUCCUCAGACGUCGGUGCAGGAAAGAUGCAGUGGUAUGCAUUCCAUCAGGAACCAUCUGGUGGCACUGAUGCCCCUAACGGCAAAAAGGAGAGACUGUUCAAAAUUUUUGAUGGUUGGUGUGACAAUGUGAUAGAUUUGAUACAGGCCACUGAUGAAGAUUCUGUUCUUCGACGUGAUAUAUAUGAUCGCACACCCAUUUUCACAUGGGGUAAGGGUCGUGUAACUUUGCUUGGGGACUCUGUACAUGCCAUGCAGCCAAAUAUGGGCCAAGGGGGAUGCAUGGCUAUUGAGGAUGGUUAUCAACUUGCACUUGAGUUGGAUAAAGCAUGGAACGAAAGCGUAGCCUCAGGAUCUCCUAUUGACAUUGUUUCAUCAUUGAAGAGUUAUGAGAGUAGUAGAAGAAUACGGGUUGCUGUAAUUCAUGGAAUGGCAAGAAUGGCUGCAUUAAUGGCUUCCACUUAUAAAGCUUAUUUGGGAGUUGGACUCGGCCCACUUUCAUUUUUGACACAGUUCAGAAUACCACAUCCAGGGACAUUUGGUGGAAGGUUUUUUAUUGAUCUGGCAAUGCCCUUGAUGCUCAAUUGGGUCCUUGGCGGUAACAGUUCAAAAUUAGAAGGGAGGCCACCAGCUUGUAGACUCUCGGACAAAGCAAAUGAUCAGUUGCGAAAAUGGUUUGAAGACGAUGAUGCCCUAGAGCGAGCUAUUAAUGGAGAUUGGUUUUUAUUACCACAAGGAGGCAAAGCUAGCGUUUCACAGCCUAUUUGCCUACGCAGAGACGAGAACCAACCCUGUUUGAUUGGAAGUGUGGAGCAAGAAGUAGAUUCAGGGUUAUCGGUCGCUAUACCGUUGCCUCAGGUUUCAGAAAAGCAUGCCCGUAUUAAUUACAAAGAUGGGGCCUUCUUCUUGACUGAUCUGAGAAGUGAACAUGGCACUUGGCUAUCCGAUCACGAAGGACGACGGUACCGUGUACCCCCGAAUUUUCCCGUACGCUUCCAUCAGUCUGACUUAAUUGAGUUUGGUUCUGAUAAGAAGGCAAUAUUUCGUGUGAAGGUAAUAAGAUCUUCAGUUGAAAAUGAUAGAGAAAAAGUAGAGAUGAACUCAUGAAACAACAAAGAAGAUCUUUCCAUUACCGAGUUAUUCUUAGUUCUAGAGAUAUGUACAGAUCAUUGAAGGCAGUGGAGAAUUCUAAAUCUGCUGAUUUUGAAUGCAACAGAUUGAUUUGUAUUGUCACUCAGUUUUUGAGUGUAAAGAUGCAUGGAACUCCACACUCUUGUAGUGAUUCUUAAAAUACCAAAGUUUUAGUAUACACCAAAAGUUUUAGAUUAA